AUGCGAAAUUCACCCCACCUUCACUCGUUUACGUGCAUAAUUCCUUUUUUCUCAGCAGUGCACGCAUUCAGUGUGAUAGUCGGGACUCCAACUCAAUGCGGCGAUCUCUCUGUUUCAUGGACUGGUGGUCAACCACCAUUUGAGAUCCUUUUGACUCCCGUCUUCGCAGUACCGCAGAAUAUAUCUGUACCAGCAUCAGCCUUCAGCAAUGGCAAAGGCUCAUAUACAAUAUCGCCAUUAUCAUUUUGGAAUGACACACAAUUUCUACUUACUAUGUCUGAUGCCACCGCAUUUGGCUCAGGUGGGACAUCGCCAGUCUUAAAGGUCGGUAAUCCUGUUGGCAAGAACAACUGCAAUACCACAGGUGCAUCUCUGGAUUUUACGUUUGAUUUGCCAACAUCACUCCAGCAAUGCAAUGGGUAUACCUUUGAUGAAUACGACAAUGCGGUUCAACCAAUUACUAUUACGGCACUUAUUCCUGGUGGAGAGUCUCUUAUACUUCACCCUCCGAUUGGCCCCAGUUACACUUGGGUUGCAGAUGUUAGCGCAGGGACAAACCUCGUAUUUGUGAUGACAGAUUCCCAGGGUAGGCAAGGUGGUAGCUCUGACCUCGAGACGGUGGCGCUUUCAAACAAUGCCACGUGCCUCAGCUCCAACUCACCAUCGUCAACUGCAUCUGUGCCUUCAUCCACCACAGCAUCCACGUCAGCUGUCGUUUCGCCCACGUCCGAUCAAAGCACUCCAUCAAGUAGUAAUACUGUUACUAUUGCUAGUGCAGCCAUUGGCUGCGUGGUAGCCCUCGCUGCAUUGAUCUCCCUCGGCAUGUUCUUGUUGCGCAAACGAAGAGCGUCUCGCUCUCCGUACGUCAUGUCUUCUUCGAACCGCCAUUCACGUCGACUCCCAUCUAUGGAUCUCGAUCACGAAGGGAACCGAUAUGGUCACGUUCCACCAAUUUACCCAUUCCCAUAUCAGGCAGACUCUGUCAGCCGCCUUGCUCCGCCCAUCCACCCCACAGCCCAAUCGCACCUAACUAGUCCGUCCACUGGCAAUUUCGCACUCAGCGACCCUCACAUACCAUCUAAUCAGACACAACAUUCGCGUCAGAUAUCUGCACCAGACAGCUUCGCCGGGUACGGUGAUGGUGGUACAUCUAUGACAUCUACUGGUAGACGAAAAGCUGCAAUGGCUGGCCAAACAGCAUACAAACCAUCUACUCGGUUCAUCUUGCAUACUGACGUGGAGGAUGUUUUGCCAAACGAGGAUGGCGUAGUAGAACUUCCCCCGCAGUAUUCAGAGCAUCGUCAACCCCUUGCCACACAGCCAGGGUCAGUGCCAAGGCCGAUAUCAUCACAGUCCGGUCAUUCGGGUCCAACCGAUCUAGCAUAUGCCGGUAGCGCAUUUGAUUCACCCCCUUCGUCGCACUCUUCUCUACCGCCUCACUCAUGA